AAUUUUUAUUUGCAGCAUGAGAAGCCAUUUCUACUGAGUAUGGCUAAUGCCGGACCGAACACUAAUGGAUCUCAGUUCUUCAUUACUACAGCCAAGACAGCGCACCUUGACGGUAAACAUGUUGUGUUUGGAAAGGUGUUCAGGGGUAUAAAUGUGGUCAAAUUACUUGAAAGUGUUGAAAAGGAAGGAGAAAAGCCAAUGAAGGAAUGUAAAGUUGAAGAUUGUGGUGAAGUUGCAGCGGAUGAGGUCAUACCGGCCAUUGAAAAUGAUGGCACCGGAGACAUCUAUCCCGAAUGCCCAGACGAAGCAGGACUCGACUCUGGAAAUGCUGAGAAAAUUCUUGAUGUGGUGAACAACAUUAAAGCCAUUGGAAACGAGCAAUUUAAGGCAAAAAACUUUCAAAUGGCUGAGACAAAGUAC